CUUCACGGUGGUUGGUCACGUGCGAAUCUUUGUAUUUUGCGAUUAUCUUUUUCGUUGUUUUUCUGACUUUGUAUUACGGCCACGUCUUGCUAUUUUUUAAUAUAAAUUUUAAUAACUGCCUUAGGUGUCUUGUAACAGCCUGAAGGAGUAGGUGUUGGGCGGAGCUUGCUAUUGCGUAACACGUUGAUGUCACACAUUCCAUAUAAUUCGUUCUGUUUCCUCAGACGUAAUGGUGCUGUAAAGUCUUCAGUUUGGUGACGUUUUUUUUUUUUUUCUUCCAUUACCGCUGCAGAACGCGGAAGUAGAUACGGGAUAUUUGCAGGUUGUGUGUUUUUCUAUCAACUACUGUUUAGGGUAGAUCGCAAAAUUUGUUUAAGGGGUGAAGAUCAGUUUAGCUGGAGCAGAGAUGCAGAGCACAGCUAAUUAUCUAUGGCUUUUAUCAGAUAUACUUGGACAAGGAGCAACAGCAAAUGUAUAUCGAGGACGACAGAAGAAAACUGGUGAUCUAUAUGCUGUCAAAGUAUUUAACAACAUCAGUUUCCUUCGUCCUAUCGAUGUUCAGAUGAGAGAGUUUGAAGUCUUAAAGAAACUUAACCACAAGAAUAUUGUCAAACUUUAUGCAGUGGAAGAAGAGACAACAUCACGACACAAAGUUCUUGUCAUGGAGUAUUGCCCAUGUGGUAGCUUGUACACUGUUUUAGAGGAGCCUGCAAAUGCCUUUGGAUUACCUGAGUCUGAAUUUUUGAUUGUAUUACAAGAUGUUGUGGCUGGCAUGAAUCACUUGCGAGAGAAUGGAAUAGUUCACAGAGAUAUCAAGCCAGGUAACAUCAUGCGUGUUAUAGGUGAGGACGGAAGGUCCAUUUAUAAGCUAACAGACUUUGGAGCAGCAAGAGAGUUGGAUGAUGAUGAACAGUUUGUUUCUCUUUACGGGACAGAAGAAUAUUUGCAUCCUGACAUGUAUGAACGAGCAGUGUUGAGGAAGGACCAUCAAAAGAAGUAUGGUGCAACAGUUGAUCUUUGGAGUAUUGGGGUGACAUUUUAUCAUGCUGCCACAGGGAGUUUGCCCUUUAGACCUUAUGAAGGACCUCGAAGAAACAAGGAAAUGAUGUAUAAAAUUAUCACUGAAAAACCAUCUGGUGCAGUGUCUGGAGUUCAGAGAACUGAGAAUGGGCCAAUAGAGUGGACUCGUGAGCUGCCGAUUUCAUGUAGCCUCUCUAAGGGUUUACAGAACCUUUUGACUCCAGUUCUGGCAAACAUUCUAGAAGCUGAUCAGGACAAAUGCUGGGGAUUUGAUCAGUUUUUUGCAGAAACAAAUGAUAUACUUCACAGAAUAGUAAUACACGUCUUCUCCUUGCAGCAAAUGACUUUACACAAAGUCUAUAUUCACAGCUAUAACACAACCACUGUGUUCCAUGAUUUGGUAUACAGGCAAACAAAAAUUACACCACAGAAUCAAGAACUGAUAUAUGAAGGUCACCGUUUAGUGCUGGAGCCAAAUAAACUAGCACAGCAUUUCCCUAAAACAUCAGAAGAAAAUCCUAUUAUACUGAUGAGCAAGGAGCUGGUGGACACAGUGGGACUUGUCUUUGAAGAAAUUUUGAUUCCCAAGUUAAACCCACGUUAUGAUUUGGACUUGGAUGCUAGUAAUUCUAAGAUUAUAACUGGUUUAAUAUGCUAUGCAUGUGAAGUAGCCAGCAAUUUGUUACUCUAUCAAGAAUUGUCGAGGAGAGGCAUUCGAUGGCUAAUUGAAGUCCUUAAAGAAGAUUACAGUGAACUGAUUCAUAAAAAGAAAGAGGUCAUCCUUUUACUGAACCUUUGCAGUGGAAAUGCCGAAAAGCUUGCCAGAAUGCAGAGCACAGUCCCAUCAAAUCUGAUAGCCUCAGAGACCGAAGAUAUUUCUGAGAUCAGUAGCAAACUGAAACUUCUUUCAAGUUCUUUGGAUGCUGUAGAAGGCAGUCUGCAGGAAAUAAAAGCAAAAUUUUCCCUUGGCGGGUCAGUGAUCGAUACCUGGGCAAAUAGAGAAGGCAGUCAUCCUGAGGACAGACAUGUUGAAAAAUUGCAAGUUUUAUUGGACUUAAUAAAAUCCAUUUACCAGCAGUUCAAAAAAGACAAAUCAGAACGCAGACUACCUUAUAAUGAGGAACAGAUUCACAAAUUUGACAAGCAGAAGUUGGGCAUCUAUGCUGCCAAAGCUGCAACUUUAUUUAGAGACGAAUGCGUUAAGAAAUAUAAUGUGUUUCUUGUGAUGAUGGAAGAUUGGAUGAGGAAAAUGCUUUAUUCAAGAAAAAUGCUUCUCACUGUUACCAGUCAAUUCAUGGAUAUUGAACAGGAAGUGUCUAUAUACCAGACCCGUAUUAACAAGGUGCAAGAUACGUUAUGGCAGAAAACGCUGCUUUUUGCUUCUAGCAUGAUGACAAAUUCCAUUACUCCAAUUUAUACAAGUCCAAACACUCUGGUAGAAAUGACCGUUGGGAUGAGAAAACUAAAGGAGGAAAUGGAAGGAGUUGUUAAAGAACUUGCAGAGAAUAAUAAUUUACUGGAAAGAUUUGGUGCACUGACUGUAGAUGGUGGCAUUCGAAACUUCGACUGCAUCUAGCUUUUGAAAGGGAAUUGAAUAAAGGAAACAGAGAAUAUUCAUUUCAAACAUGUUAACAGUCAUUCCAGUUUUUUCUUUUUGAUUUGACUUAAAAAAAGUAUUUUUUGUAUAAUAAUCUAAAGUAAACUGGUUUCAUUUA